AUUGAGUAGCAAUGAAGAACUGUUUGGUUUUCCUCUGGUUAAUUCUCUCGAUUGCUCUGAACAUUAAUGUUCAGGGAUUGCUCGAUAUUAGUCGGUCAAUAAAAAACAUUGGUGGACAAGUCAUUGAUACCGCGGUGGGUCUCAGUCGCGAUAUUAAAUCCAGAAUUGGCCACUCUGUUAGUGACAAAGAAUUUACAUGUGUCAAGAAUGGUUUAGUAGCAGCAGUUGCCGACGUUAUCUUUCUCGACCCUCACGACGAGCCAACAACUGCUAAAAUAAAUCUCGAUUUGUUCGUGCAGUCGGACGGUGAAAUUUUGAGCGCGAGAUUUGUGGAGGAAGGGCACUAUAUUAAUAUUGAAGAGUCAAAAUUUCAUCCGGAGCGAAAAACGGUUUUCAUUGUUCAUGGAUACAGAGAAAGUGGUGAGGAUGACUGGCUACGUCGAAUGGCGACUGCUUACGUGAAAUACGAGGAUGUGAACGUCAUUGUUGUUGACUGGAGCGUGUUCUCGAAAAAUCUCAAUUACAAGCAAGAUGUUUAUGACUCCCGACAUGUAGCAACACAAGUUAAAGACUUAUCACUUGAAUUACUAUCGGCUUUUCCGGAAGGAACAGCAUGGGGCCCAAUCCAUUUAAUUGGGUUCAGUUUGGGGGCCCACAUUGUCGGAAUGAUAGGGCAGUAUUUUAAGCAUAACAUAACUGAAUGGCCGGUUGAGAGAAUUACAGGAUUAGAUCCGGCUCACCCUUGCAUCACGGAAGCAAAUUACGCACUGAAUAAAGAAGACGCGCCAUUUGUUGAUAUUAUUCACACAAAUGGGCAUAAGGGGGUUGUAAUUAGUUUGGGAAUGCUAGACCCUAGAGGACACGUGGAUUUUUACGUAAAUGGAGGACAAAUUCAGCCGAAUUGUGGCGUCGAUUUACAACGUGUAGUCCAGUCGACAUUGCCCCUAUUCUGCAGCCAUCAUAAAGCUCAUGAGUACUUCAUCGAGUCCUUGGAAGUGGCAGCCACCGGAAAUGGAUCAUUUUUAACCGGAACUUUAUGGAAUCAGAGCAUCGAAUCAGCUCUGAUUCAUGUUGACACACCUUGUGAGACUACCUGUCAAAACCUGGGAAUCACUGCUCAUCCAAAGCCUGAAGGAAGCUUCUUCGUUCCCACCGCAAGCGAUGCGCCUUAUUACGAAAUUAAAGAAAACGAUCGCGAGAAAAUCAAGACGAUACUGCGAUGGCUCCUCGUGACGGAGUAAAAUAUUGCAGCGGUAAUAUAAAUGGAGAGGAUAUAUCGACCUUUCAGGAAAUGUCACGGAAUUCCAGGAUUCUGUACGAAAAUUGAUGGACAUGAGAUAAAUGCGCAUAAAUGUUUCUCUAAAAUCGAGGAAAACUCAUUAUGGAGAUCAGUGAUUGACAGAAUGAGUUCCAAAUAAUUAAUUAUAGAAAAAUCAUCGUAUUAAAAAAGAAUUAACUUGUUAAAGAUAAAUGCAUAGAAUCAUUUCUAUUUUAAAUACGUAGAUUUCCAUGUAAUUAAUAAUUUUUGAGAAUCUAA